AUGUCUCUUUACGUUGAAAACACCACAGCCCUGUCCAAGUACUUGGACUUGGACCAAAGAGGAAAAGUCCUGGCCGAGUACAUCUGGAUCGAUGCCUUUGGUGACAUCAGAUCCAAGUGUAAGACUUUGGACGCAAAGCCAGCCAGCGUUGAAGAUCUGCCAGAGUGGAACUUUGACGGUUCCUCCACGGAACAGGCGCCAGGCAACAACUCCGACGUGCUGCUUAGACCAGUCGCCUUCUACCCAGACCCUUUCAGAAGAGGUGACAACAUUGUCGUUCUAACCGAGUGCUGGAACAACGACGGAACCCCAAACAAGUACAACCACAGAACCGCGGCGGCUAAGAUCAUGGCCAGCUACACGGACGAGGAGAUCUGGUUUGGUUUGGAACAGGAAUACACCAUGUUUGACCACGACGGAAACGUCUAUGCCUGGCCAAAGGGUGGUUACCCAGCCCCACAAGGUCCAUACUACUGUGGUGUUGGUACUGGCAAGGUUUACGCUAGGGCUGUUGUGGAGGCUCAUUACAAGGCCUGUCUCUAUGCCGGUAUCACCAUCAGCGGUAUCAACGCCGAGGUGAUGCCUUCGCAAUGGGAGUUCCAGGUCGGACCAUGCACCGGAAUCAAGAUGGGUGACGAGUUGUGGGUGGCUCGUUACUUCUUGCACCGUGUGGCCGAGGACUUUGGCGUCAAGAUCUCGCUGCAUCCUAAGCCAUUGAAGGGUGACUGGAACGGUGCUGGUUGUCACACCAACGUGUCCACCAAGGCCAUGAGAGUUCCAGGUGGUAUGAAGGUGAUUGACGCUGCUCUCGAGAAGUUGUCAAAGAGACACGCAGAGCACAUCUCACUCUACGGUAAGGACAACGAUCAGAGAUUAACCGGAAGACACGAGACCGCGUCGAUGACCGCCUUCUCUUCUGGAGUUGCCAACCGUGGUGCCUCCGUCAGAAUCCCAAGAUCUGUUGCCUUGGAAGGUUACGGAUACUUCGAGGACAGAAGACCGGCUUCCAACAUCGACCCUUACCUCGUUACCGGUAUCGUUGUCGAGACCAUCUGCGGUGCAGUGGAAGGUGUCGACAUGGUCAAGGAGUUUGCUAGAGAAUCCGAAUAA